AUGCUUCGACAACAUGCCUCGCGGCAUCUCCUAGCCAACACUGCGACUCGCUGCGCCCGGCCUGCUCACAUCCGCCUUCUCUCGACAACACCCUCAUCCUCGUCCCGACCACGGCUAGCUACCGCGCCAUUGUCAUCACGCCUCUCACCACAGGCCACGGCCCUCCUCAUUUUCCCCCGGACGCCGUCGUUAAACGCGGCACCCUUCUCAACAUCGCCCACCCAGCUAAAAAAGGAGCCGCGUGGGUUUUUCGACGCCGCCGGCAACGCAGAAGAAGACGCCAAGAAAAAGGCGAAAGAGGAGGAGGGAGACAAGGACAAGGCUGACCAGAGCAAGUCGACCGAGGUUGAGGCAGCAAAAGACUCUGAGGCUGAGCCGUCCAAGACCGAGUCAGAUUCCAAGUCGGCUUCCAGCAACCAGGAAUCUUCCUCUGACGGCAAGCCAAGCAGUGCAGCCUCGUCUGGCGGCGCGGCUGGCAGCUCUUCCGGAAGCGAUGGCGGAUCGAGCGAUGGCGGUAAGAAAGGCCGCAAAUCGAAUGCCGACAAGGCCCUCCAGAAGCCUGUUGUACCCGAGGUGUACCCCCAGGUGAUGGCCAUUCCUAUCGCGAAGCGACCACUCUUCCCUGGCUUUUACAAGGCUAUCACUAUUAAGGACCCCAACGUUGCCAGCGCCAUCACCGAGAUGAUCAAGCGUGGUCAGCCGUACGUGGGAGCCUUUUUGUUCAAGGACGAGAACGCCGACGACGACAUAAUACACAAGGCGGACGAUGUCCAUGAUGUGGGUGUCUUUGCUCAGAUCACCAGCGCGUUCCCGCUUCAUGGCGAGGGCGCCACAGGUCUCACGGCCAUCCUAUACCCACACCGCCGUAUCCGCUUGUCGACCCUCAUUCCGCCAGGGUCGGGGAGCAGCAUUGGUGUUAGCGAAGCGAGUGUCGCGGACGCCGACAAGACCGAUUCCACCGACCUGGCGGACGGGGGCCCGCCCGUCCCGGAACCUAUCCCUGCGAAACCGACUGACGAGGAGGCGCAGCGUGAGAAGAAGGGCGACGUUGUGGCCAGCUUUGAGGAGGGCGCUGUGACGGCUAACCCCAAGCGCGACGCUCCGGCUGUCCAGAAACAAGAGUCACAUACCGCCCAGUACGAGCCUACGUCCUUCCUGCGCAAAUUCAAUGUGAGCCUCGUCAAUGUCGAGAACCUCACCGAGGAGCCGUUUGACGCCAAGAGCCCUGUUAUCCGCGCCGUGACCAACGAGAUCGUCAACGUUUUCAAGGAAGUCGCGCAGAUGAACAGCCUGUUCCGCGACCAGAUCUCUACGUUCUCCAUGAGCCAGUCGGCCGGCCAUGUGACGGCCGAGCCUGCCAAGCUGGCCGAUUUCGCGGCUGCCGUGUCGGCGGGCGAGCCGGCCGAGCUGCAAGAGGUGCUGUCGAGCUUGAACGUCGAGGAACGCAUGCAAAAGGCGCUCGUCGUUCUCAAGAACGAGCUGAUGAACGCCCAGCUGCAGUCCAAGAUCACGCGCGAGGUUGAGAGCAAGAUCACCAAGCGCCAGCGCGAGUACUGGCUGAUGGAGCAGAUGAAGGGCAUUCGCCGCGAGCUGGGCAUUGAGUCUGACGGCAAGGACAAGUUGGUGGAAAAGUUCAAGGAAAAGGCCGACAAACUGGCCAUGCCCGACGCCGUCCGCAAGGUCUUUGACGACGAGAUCAACAAGCUGGCACACCUCGAGCCGGCUGCAUCCGAGUUCAACGUGACUCGCAACUACCUCGACUGGCUCACGCAGAUUCCCUGGGGCCAGCGGAGCGCCGAGAACUUUGGCAUCCACAAUGCCGUUACCGUCCUGGACGAGGACCACUAUGGCCUUAAAGAUGUCAAGGACCGCAUCCUGGAGUUUAUUGCCGUUGGCAAGCUCCGUGGCACGGUCGAAGGCAAAAUUCUAUGCUUCGUGGGCCCGCCCGGUGUCGGCAAGACGAGCAUCGGAAAGUCUAUUGCACGCGCCCUUAACCGCCAAUACUACCGAUUCAGCGUUGGCGGUCUGACGGACGUCGCCGAGAUCAAGGGCCACAGACGAACGUACGUCGGUGCCCUACCGGGCCGCGUCAUCCAGGCGCUGAAAAAGUGCCAGACGGAAAACCCGCUGAUCCUGAUUGACGAGAUUGACAAGAUCGGCAAGGGCUACCAGGGUGACCCGUCCUCGGCGCUGCUUGAGCUUUUGGACCCGGAGCAGAACAGCUCCUUCCUGGACCACUACAUGGACGUCCCCGUUGACCUGUCCAAGGUUCUGUUUGUCUGCACAGCCAACAUGACCGACACGAUCCCCAGGCCACUUCUGGACCGCAUGGAAGUUAUCCGGCUGUCGGGCUACGUUGCAGAUGAGAAGAUGGCGAUUGCCGAGCGCUACCUGGCACCUGCCGCGAAGGAGAUGGCCGGCCUGAAGGGUGCUGAUGUUACGCUCAGCCAAGACGCCAUUGACGAGCUCAUCAAGUCGUACUGCCGCGAAUCGGGUGUACGCAACCUGAAGAAGCAGAUUGAAAAGGUGUACCGCAAAUCGGCCCUCAAGAUUGUCCAGGACCUUGGUGAUGAGCCAUUACCGGCUGCUGCCGCCGCCCAGGAGGCGCUUAACAAGGAAAAAGACGAUACCGAGCCUGUCACCGCUGCCGAUGAGACAGCGGCAUCCGACGUGGCUUCAGAGGACGAUACGGGCUCGACGACAUCCGCAACAUCGGACACGAGCGAGUCCACCGCAGCCACCGAGACAUCCGAGGACAGCACGGCGGCGACAAGCAAUACCACGACAGACAAGCCCCGGAAACCGUUGGACGUGCCCGAGUCGGUGCACGUCGUCAUUGGCCGCGAGAACCUCAAGGACUACGUGGGUCCUCCGGUCUUCACGUCAGACCGCCUGUACGAUGUCACGCCGCCCGGCGUCACCAUGGGUUUGGCGUGGACGCAGAUGGGCGGCGCCGCCAUGUAUGUGGAGACGAUCCUGCAGUCGGCGCUGCGGCCGAGCAGCCGCCCGUCGCUUGAGAUUACGGGCAACAUCAAGCCCGUGAUGAAGGAGUCGUCUACGAUUGCCUACUCCUUUGCCAAGGCCAUGAUGGUCCAGGAGUUCCCGGACAACCACUUCUUUGACAAGGCCAAGCUGCACGUGCACGUGCCUGAGGGCGCUGUGCAAAAGGACGGCCCUUCAGCUGGUAUCACGAUGGCCACAUCGCUGCUCUCGCUGGCGUUGGACCACCCGAUCGACCCGACAGUGGCCAUGACGGGCGAGUUGACGCUGACAGGCAAGGUGCUGCGCAUUGGCGGUCUGCGUGAGAAGACGAUUGCAGCGCGGCGGGCAGGCUGCAAGAUGAUUGUGUUCCCCGAGGACAACAUGUCGGACUGGCUGGAGCUUCCUGAGAAUAUCAAGGAAGGCAUUGAAGGCCGCCCCGUCAGCUGGUACUCGGACGUGUUUGGCAUCAUCUUCAAGGACGUUGACCGAGAGCAGGCCAACAAGUGCAAGAUCUGCGAGUGGAAGAAGCUGCACGACAAUGAAGACUCGAGCAAGAAGGACGAGGAAGACUAA